AUGAGGGAAGAGAAGGCCAAGCAGAAGGGAAAGUUCAUCCCAGGAGUUCACUUACUUGAUGCCAGGGACAGUGAGCAGGGCCUCGUCCCCCUACCUGGCCCCUCUCUGUCUCUCCCCUGGCCCCAUGUCCCCCUACCUCUCAGCCGAGAGACAGGAUGGGAGAGAGCAUGGUCGAUCCUGCAGGGCAGGGCAAUACAGGGAGUCGGCAGGUAGGACCACAGAUUACAGACAGGCAAUAGUAAGACAUGGGCUCAGAGCGUAAAGGAACUGUUGUAGUCAUAGGAGAAGGAUUGGUAGAAGCAGGUAAAUGAUAGGAGCAGUAUACCAAAUUUUGCUCUGUUUCGAUAAGAUCCUUGAAUAUCAUGAUGAUUACUAUUAACCUGACCUCUCUCUACACAACAUAUUUGUUCACAUGUGUCUCUCUCUCAGCCAUUGAGCUUGGCCCUUGGGCCCCUGCAGGCCCCGUUGGGGAGCCUGGGGAGCCUUGCUCCUCUACGGGGUCUUGAUGGCCCGGCCUUGAGGGGAUCCCUGGGCAGCUCUGGAGGGCUGGAGCCACUGAAGAGUCCCCUUGGGGUAAGAGCUUUCACCUUGAUGAAAAAGAAUGAUAGUUCAUGACCUGUACUUUAUUACCCUUAUGCUUAUAGUGUGCUGUUGAGAGUCCUUAAUUCUCUCUCUCUCUCUCUCUCUCUCUCUCUCUCUCUCUCUCUCUCUCUCUCUCUCUCUCUCUCUCUCUCUCUCUCUCCCCCCCCUCCCUCCCUCCCCUCCCUAAGGGUCCUCUCUCAAGCCUCGGUUCCAGCCUACUGGGAAGGCGACAGGAGGAGCGUGUGGCUUUCUCUCUGCCUGGGUUCGAGGAUGACCAGGAUAACAUAUCAGAGGAUGAGCAGCCGGUACGUCUUUCAACUGGCAACGUGCAUACCAGCCCUUUCGGGGCACUGUGAAGCAGAAUAUUUGGAGAAUAAAAGUGUUUCAUUUGUGGAGUAUAAGUUAGAUGUAUGACUGUGAUGCUGUUUGCAGUGUCCUCGUGGCUCGGCCAGACUGUUACAGAACCUGCACCUGGACUUGGAUGCGUUGGGAGGAGGGCUGCAGUAUGAGGUACAUCACCUUCUUCACUAUGCACAAGAACAUCAAAUAGGGGUCAUUCCACACUCAUAACAAAACACAUACCAUGCUCAUAACAUUACAUAACACACCUACCACUCAACUUGAACUGUGAACCAUUUCACUGAAAAUGUAUAUUUUAUGGCAUUGCCCCCUUAGGAAUUUUCAACUACUUUCAACUCCCAUCAGUGAAUGAUAACAGUGCAGAUAAACACAGUCCCUCGUCAUUAUUACUUUAGAAAACGUCUCUGUAUAAUGAAUUUAGGCUCAGCCGUGUGUGUUGUGUGGCUAACAGGACAGUGAGGCCAGUGGAGUGGCCCCUCUAGAGGAGAGGACAGAACCAGAGCUACAGGACCUGGCCCUGUCUGAAGAGCACAGCCCUGAGCCCCCCUCUCAACAGGUAACACACACACUACUGAUGUGGCUCAAUCUAUUACUUCUCUCACGGUCUCUUUCUCUCUUUUCAUCCCACUGUUAAUCCUGUGGUGUAUGUAUAUACUCAAAACCCAUGACUGUUACAAGAUGCAGACCUAGAUAGAACUGCUCUUGUGUACUAGAUUGCCUUUAACCAAAACCAACACUUGAGGGAUGGAAAGUGUAAGCUAUAAUUGGGAAACUGUGUAAGCCUAUUCAUUCAUUCAUACAUAACAUCUUUGUCAUUUAUCAACUCUCAUAAGUGUGUGUGUGUGUGACUUUAAACAUGUGUUUUGGUUCUUGUGUCUCUAUCUCUUCCUGGUUGUGUAGAUGUUGUGUCAAUGGGAGCUGUGCUAUGGUCACGGCUGCCACUGUUUCUUUCUGUUUGUCCUCUUGUCCUCAUACUGUCACUGUUAUUGCUUUGCCGUCUGAGUCUUUCAUUCGAUCACCCCUCACGUUGGUCUUAGAGGUCUUUCUGUGUGUGUGUGUGUGUGUGUGUGUGUGUGUGUGUGUUUAACUGUGUACUUCCUGUGAUUUAAUCACACUUCUCUGUGUUUGUUGUUGUUGUUGACAUGACUGUUCUCUUUCGGUGAGCUCUACCUACGGAAUGCGUGAGUGGUUUGCGUGCUGCUCAGGUCCCUGUGUCUUCUCCUUGUCACAAUAUUGUACAAUAUUGUACCCCUACUUUCUUUCUUUUUGUGUUUGUGUCUAUGCACGCCUUCCCUCUCUUUCUCUCUGGGUGCCACCAUCCUCCCCUUCCAACCAAGGGUUCCCUUCGUGGACGCCACCUCCUCUCCUCUCCACCACGCGGAGGCAGCAGGGACUGCAGUAGUGCUGGGGUCUGCCCCCCUACCCCAGAUCCCCAGCCUGCUAAAACUAGAGACAGUGGAGAGGAGGAGGAAGAUUAUGAGGAGGGGUGGGGAGAGGAUAGAGAGAGUGUGGCUGAGGAGGAAGGAGGUGAAGAGGAGAACCAGGGAGAAGAGGGACAGGUGAGGGAGAAGAAGAAAGGAGAGGAGGAGGAGGAGGGCAAGGACGUUGAGGCUGAGGUCGGUGAGGAGGUAGAGUGUGAAGAAAAGUUGGAGGAGGGAGAGGAGGAAAGUGAUGAGGUCAUAAAUAGAUGUGUAAAAAGUGAGGAAGAGGAAGGGGAGGAAGAGGGGACUGGUGACGUAGUUGAGAAAAGUGAGGAAAAUGUCAAUAAAAAGGAGGAAGAAGAAGAAAGUGAUGAAAUAAUAGAGAGAUAUCUUGGAGAGCAAGAAGAGGGUGAUGAGGUAGUAGAGCAACAUGUUAACAAUGAAGAACUAGAAGUAGAGCAUGACAAACAAGUGGAGGAAAGCAAUGAGCUAGUUGAGAGCGGUGUAAAAAGUGAGGAAGAACAAAAAGCAGAAGAGAGUGAUGAGGUAGUAGAGAGAUAUAUUAAAGAGAUGGAGGGAGGAGAUGAAGAGGAAAGUGAGGUAGUGGUGGAGAGAUAUUUCAAAAGCAAGCAUGUGGAAAGGAAGGAAGAGACUGUCAGAGACAGUAUAGAGGAGGAAGUUGAGGCAAAGGGAGAUGAGGAUAGUGAAGAAGUGGUUAAGAGGUGGUUAAAAGAAGAGGAGGAAGGCAAAGAGGAGGCUGAGGAGGGACAGAGUGAGGGUGGUGGAGAGGUGUGUGAAAAGUGCGGAAAGAGGGAGGGUGAUGAGGGAGAGAGUCGAAGGUGGUGGAGAGGUUGUGUGAAAAUGAGGAAGAGGAGGGUGAUGAGGGAGAGAGUGAUGGGUGGUGGAGAGUGUGUGAAAAGUGAGGAAGAGGGAGGGGAUCUGGAUGAGGGAGAGAUGGAGGUGGUGGAGAGGUGGUUGGAAAAGGGGAACGAGGAGGGUGAGGUAUGGGACUGAGAAUGACGGUGGUGGAGGUGCUAGUGAAAAGGAGAGGAAGAGGGAAGGGUGAGGAGGGAGGAAGGAGUGACUGAGGUGGUGGGAGGGUGUGUGAAAAAGCGGGGUGAGGGUUGAGGAGGGUACAGAGUGAGGUUGUGGAAGAGGUGUGAGGGAAGGAGGAGGGUGAGGAAGGGAGGAGUGAGGGUGGUGGAAGAGGUUGUUGUGAAAAGUGAGGAAGAGAAGGAGGAGGGGGGAAGGUGGAAGGGCGGAGGGCGUUUCGUUUUAAAAGAAAGAGCUGAGGAGGGAGAGAGUUUUGAGGUGGUGGAAGGAGGGUGUGGAAAAGCGGGAAGAGGAGGGUGAGGAGGGAAGAGUGAGGUGGGGUGGAGAGGUGUGUGAAAAGUUGAGAAGAGGAGGGUGAGGAGGGAGAGAGGUGAGGUGGUGGAGAGUUGUGUGAAAAGUGAGGGUUGGUGGGGAAGAGGCGGGGCGUUAAAGAGAGGCGAGUAGAGGGAGUUGAGGUUGUUAGAGAGGUCUGUGAAAAGUGAGGAAGAGGAAGUGGAAGAGGAGGUUGGCAAAGAGGAGGCUGAUGAGGGAGAGAGUGAGGUGGUGGAGAGGUGUGUGAAAAGUGAGGAAGAGGAGGGUAAAGAUGAACCUGAGGAGUUGGAGAGUGAGGAGGUAGUGGAGAGGUGUGUCAAAAGCGAGGAAGGGGAGGAAAGUGACAAAGUCUUAGAGAGAUGCUCGCUGAGUGAAAAACGGGCUAGUGAAGGAGAGGAGAGCAGUGAGGAGGAGGUGGAGAGGUGCGUCAAAAGUGAACGAAAAGAAAAGGAAGGAGACAAACUUGAAGAAGACAGCGAUGAGGUGGUGGAAAACUGCAUUCAGACCGUGCAAGACUCACCGAAACCCAAAACAUCCACAAGCUCAGAGGAAGUAAUGGAGAGACUCGAACAACAAACACUCCAAGCUAGGUCACUGGGGCAGAAGAAGAAGUUAGCGGACCUUAAACGAAGUGACAAAAUGGAGGUGUAUGUGGGGAAGAAGAAGAAUGUGCCCAAACAAAGCCCUCAACCAGCAGAGGUAGGGGUUUGGUGUGCUUUGACCAUGUCGUGGCCCCUGCCCUGUGUGCUCCCCCUCUGCAUGCACCGCCACCCCGCUCUCAGCCAAAGGAGACACCAAUCCACUCCCUGAGGGGCUGUGUGUGUCCCAAGUCCCAACCCUGGUGAAUCCAGCCCCCCAUGGUCUCCCUCUCACGUCACAUUGGUGUCUUUGGUCUUUACACAUAUUUUUGCCAGUCCACCAAACCUCCAGCCAUUGGGCUUCUAACACUUGAGCCCCUGAGGACUUGAUUGGAAUAUUCUGGUCCCCUUGUUGCCAGUUUUGCCUCCAUCCCUCCUCCUCCAGAGCUGAGCACUGCAGCCCCAUCCUCUCAGCCAUCCCCCAAGGCAGCCCCAUCCUCUCAGCCAUCCCCAAAGGCAGCCCCAUCCUCUCAACCAGCCCCCGAGGCAGCCCCAUCCUCUCAGCUAGCCCCAAAGGCAGCCCCAUCCUCUCAGCCACCCCCCAAGGUAGCCCCAUCCUCUCAGCCAUCCCCAAAGGCAGCCCCAUCCUCUCAACCAGCCCCCGAGGCAGCCCCAUCCUCUCAGCUAGCCCCAAAGGCAGCCCCAUCCUCUCAGACAACCCUCUAGGCAGCCCUAUCCUCUUAGUCAGACCCCUAGGCAGCCCCAUCCUAUUAGUCAUCCCCCAGUGCAGUUACAUCCUCUCAGCCACCCCCCAAGGCAGCCCCAUCCUCUCAGUCAUCCCCCUAGGCAGCCCUAUCCUCUUAGUCAGACCCCUAGGCAGCCCCAUCCUCUCAGUCAUCCCCCUAGGCAGCCCUAUCGUCUCAAACAGCCUCCUAGGCGGCCCCAUCCUCUCAGCCAGCCCCCAAGGCAGUCCCACCCUCUCAGACAGCCCCCAAGGCAGCCCCACCCUCUCAGCCAGCCCCCAAGGCAGCCACCUCUCAGCCAGCCCCCAAGACAGUCCCACCCUCUCAGACAGCCUCCAAGACAGCCCCACCCUCUCAGUCAUCCCCCAAGGCACCCACAUCCUCUCAGCCAGCCCCCAAGACAGUCCCACCCACCUCAGACAGCCUCCAAGGCAGCCCCACCCUCUCAGACAGCCCCCAAGGCAGCCCCACCCUAUCAGACAGCCUUCUAGCUGCCCCACCCUCUCAGACAGCCCCCAAGGCAGCCCCAUCCUCUCAGUCUACCCCCAAGGCACCCACAUCCUCUCAGCCAGCCCCCAAGACAGUCCCACCCUCUCAGACAGCCUCCAAGACAGCCCCACCCUCUCAGUCAUCCCCCAAGGCACCCACAUCCUCUCAGCCAGCCCCCAAGACAGUCCCACCCACCUCAGACAGCCUCCAAGGCAGCCCCACCCUCUCAGACAGCCUCCAAGACAGCCCCACCCUCUCAGACAGCCCCCAAGGCAGCCCCACCCUAUCAGACAGCCUUCUAGCUGCCCCACCCUCUCAGACAGCCCCCAAGGCAGCCCCGUCCUCUCAGACAGCCCCCAAGGCAUCCCCGUCCUCUCAGUCCAAACUUGCAGUGCUGUAGCCUGUGUUUCUCUGUCUCUACUGCCUGCUUGACCAGCCCUGUGCUUGUGUGGGAGAGGCAUUUUGUCUCGCUCUUUGCCUCUUGUCUGCCCAAGCUUUGCUGAUCAAGCCAUGGGAUGGCUGCUCUGUGCUGUUGACUAGUGUAUUGUCCCUUUGCUGCUGUACUUAUUUCACCCUACUACGAGAGCCUUCAUAAUUGCCGUGUGUCGCUGAGAAUGGCAGCAUGCAUCCAUGUUUUCUAUCUGUCUGUGUGUGAGUGCAUGUGUGUGUGUGUCUGUGUGUGGGUGUGUACGGUGUUGAGGUGAAACGGUGGCGCUAUGCUUCAUGUCAGUGACUGAGUGUGUGUUUACAUCUGCAGUCCGAGGCCAGCGAGCACAUCGAGGUGGCAUCCUCCUCCACUGAGGACCUCAAGGUACUUUUUUAUGGAUUGAGAUCAUGUCCCUAUAGAUAGGCCUAUAGAAUAGAUACUUAAUAAUGUACAAUUUUAACAGAUAUUAUCAAAGGGAAUGUUUAGUAAAGACUAACAGUGUUGUGUUCCAUUUUCCCUUUAGUCUGGUUUUGGCUCCAAGUUGUCAGAGAAAGUCCUGGACCUGAAGGAUCUCUCCCCUGUUGCUAGUCCACGCCUGCAGGUACCACACUUUCUCCUCCUCCUCCUCCUCCUCCUCCUCCUCUUCCUCCUCCUCUCCUCCCUUCUUCUUACUCGCUCACCCCUCUUCACCCUGGUUCUCCUCUUCACCUCCUCCCUCCUCAGCUACACUCUCUCCUUCCUCACUUGGAUGUUCUCAGUCACAGUGGUUCUCUGGCUGUAGAGUCUGUAGGCACAGUUUGUACCGUUCUUUUAUUUUGAAAGUAACACUCACCUCAUGCCACGUAGAGUCAGAAGUUAGCAUUUGCUAUUCAUCUAAAAAACAUGUAUUUUCCCCAGGAAGACGAGGGGAAAGUGAAAGUCAGUGCGGAGGAGGAGAAGGAACGGAGGAAGAGGGCAGAAGCUGCAGAGAGGUUGGCAGACAAGCAUUUCUGAUAAAUGCCCAUAUUUCAGUAAAAUGUCCUCUCUGAACUUGAAAAACACAUUGUGAUACAAGCAUACAGUCGUGGUCAAACGUUUUGAGAAUGACACAAGUAUUGGUCUUCACAAAGUUCGCUGCUUCAGUGUUAUGAGAUAUUUUUGUCAAAUGUUACUAUGGUAUACUGAAGUAUAAUUACAAGCAUUCCAUACGUGUCAAAGGCUUUUAUUGACAAUUACAUUAAGUUUUUAUAAAGAGUCAAUAUUUGCAGUGUUGACCCUUCUUUUUCAAGACCUCUGCAAUACGUCCUGGCAUGCUGUCAAUUAACUUCUGGGCCACAUCCUGACUUAUGGCAGCCCAUUCUUGCAUAAUCAAUGCUUGGAGUUUGUCAGAAUUUGUGGGUUUUUGUUUGUCCACCCGCCUCUUGAGGAUUGACCACAAAUUCUCAAUGGGAUUAAGGUCUGGAGAGUUUCCUGGCCAUGGACCCAACAUUUCGAUAUUUUGUUCCCCGAGCCACUUAGUUAUCACUUUUGCCUUAUGGCAAGGUGCUCCAUCAUGCUGGAAAAGGCAUUGGUCGUCACCAAACUGUUAUUGGAUGGUUGGGAGAAGUUGCUCUCGGAGGAUGUGUUGGUACCAUUCUUUAUUCAUGGCUGUGUUCUUAGGCAAAAUUGUGAGUGAGCCCACUCCCUUGGCUGAGAAGCAGCCCCACACAUGAAUGGUCUCAGGAUGCUUUACUGUUGGCAUGACACAGGACUGAUGGUAGUGCUCACCUUGUCUUCUCCGAACAAGGUGUUUUCCGGAUGCCCCAAACAAUUGGAAAGGGGAUUCAUCAGAGAAAAUGACUUUACCCCAGUCCUCAGCAGUCCAAUCCCUGUACCUUUUGCAGAAUAUCAGUCUGUCCCUGGUGUUAUUCCUGGAGAGAAGUGGCUUCUUUGCUGCCCUUCUUGACACCAGGCCAUCCUCCAAACGUCUUUGCCUCACUGUGCGUGCAGAUGCUCUCACACCUGUCUGCUGCCAUUCCUGAGAAAGCUCUGCACUGGUGGUGCCCCGAUCCCGCAGCUGAAUCAACUUUAGGAGACGGUCCUGGCGCUUGCUGGACUUUCUUGGGCGCCCUGACACCUUCUUCACAACAAUUGAACCUCUCUCCUUGAAAUUCUUGAUGAUCCGAUAAAUGGUUGAUUUAGGUGCAAUCUUACUAGCAGCAAUAUCCUUGCCUGUGAAGACCCUUUUUGUGCAAAGCAAUGAUGACGGCACGUGUUUCCUUGCAGGUAACCAUGGAGAACAAUGAUUUCAAGCACCACCCUCCUUUUAAAGCUUCCAGUCUUUUAUUCUAACUCAAUCAGCAUGACAGAGUGAUCUCCAGCCUUGUUCUCGUCAACACUCUCACCUGUGUUAACGAGAGAAUCACUGACAUGAUGGCAGCUGGUCCUUUUGUGGCAGGGCUGAAAUGCAGUGGAAAUGUUUUUGGGGGAUUAAGUUCAUUUUCAUGGCAAAGAGGGACUUUGCAAUUAAUUGCAAUUCAUCUGAUCACUCUUCAUGACAUUCUGGAGUAUAUGCAAAUUGCCAUCAUCAACACUGAGGCAGCAAACUUUGUGUGUCAUUCUCAAAACUUUUGACCACGACUGUAAUGUCAUUGUCAUUGGUGCAGUAGUCUGUCUCUGGUACAGAUCUGUAAGUCUAGAGCUGAGCCAAAAUCAGUAGAAGGAGAAAAAAGAAACAAGAAAAAAGAAAAAGAAAGAAGACGAGACCGAGAGAAGAAGAGAGAGAGAAGAGAGAGAGAGAGAGAGAUAGAGAGAGAGAGAGAGAGAUAAGAUAUGAGUAAGAGAGUAUAGAGUCUGCCAUAUCCUCUAUACCCCAUUUUCUAGCGACUCUAUCUCGCUCUCGUCUCUUCGACUCUCCUUCCUUACCUCUCCUCUCUCUCUCCUCUCAUCCUCUCCCACUCUCUCUACCUUUCUCUCUCUCUCCCUACCUCCCCCCGCCCCCACUCUGCAGGCGUCUCCAUGCUGCAGGCAGGGAGGAUCCAGCGAUGGAGGACAGGCCCCCCAGCCAGCCCAGUGAGUACCAGCAGGACACAGGGUCCUCCCACUCUGAGCCGGAACCCCGACCGCGGGCCGAGGGGGUCAGCACCAGCGUCAGCCUAGGGGUCCAGGGGGUCCAGCGGCCUGACACCUCCAGAGGCCGCCUGGUUAGGAGCCCCCACGCCCACUACAAAGAGGAAGCCCCCAGACAGGGGGAGGACAGCAGAAGGGCCCAGGAGGAAGAGGAGGAGGAAGAGGAGGAGGAGGAGGAGAGGGAGAAGGAGAGGAGGGAGACUGAGAGGGAGAUAAAGGAGGAGAAGGAGCGUGCGCUGCGGGAGAGGCAGGAGAAAUUGCGCCUCCUUCAGGAGGAGCUGAGGCGGGAGGAGGAGGAGGAGGAACGGAGGCUAAAGGAGGAGAGCGAGGAGAGGGUCAGGUAGGCAUUCAGGCAGCAGGCCACAGAGUGGUCAACCUCCCUCACUCUCCACUCAUGUCCACUGUUCUAGUAGUAUUUGUGAGCUGUGAUGCUCUCUGCACUCUAUAUGCCCUGUGAUGUGUGAGUAUGUGACUCAAUGUUGAUGCUGGGUUGUGUGACAGUGCUGGUUAUCUCACUGCUGUGUGUGUGUGUGUGUGUCCUGGUCUUCCAGGAGCCUGAGGCAGAGACUCCAGAGUAAGGGGAGGGAAGAGGAGAGCAGGCUGAGUGUGGAGUCUGAAAGCAGGUUACUGGAGCUGAGGGAGACGGCCCGGAAGGAGAGAGAGAACCAGCAACGCACUGUCAGGUGACUCAUCUCAUCUCUCUCUACUAUUCAUCCAUCUGCUUAAGCACACACACACACAUAUUCAUUCGCAUGACAGUCAUCUCCCUGGAGUGCUCCACUGACCCUUAGAUCACAUGCCCAGCGACCAUAGCCAUAUUAAUAUGACACUACUUCACAAAACUAUGCUGUGCUUAGGCGAUACUAUUCUUACUACACAUUCUGUAGGUAAAGCCAUACCGCUUGGUCACUGUAAAAAAACAAGACAAAAAAAUAAUUUAGCUAUAAAUGGUUGUGCGUUUGUGUGUGUGUUGUUUUUAUCAGGGAGGAGGGCGAGGCGAUGCUGAGAGAGCUGCAUGCCACCCUGGAGGCGGAGAGAGAGGCGGAGCGAGAGAGGAUAGAGGCCCAGAGGAGGCGGGACCUGGAGCGACUGAGAGAGAAGUCAGAGGAGGAGCUACAUACGGAGAAGCGGAGACUGCUUGGGGAGCGGGAGGAGCAACUCAGCUCCCUCAAACAGGAGGUGAGAGAGGGGGAGUGGGAGGUAGGAGAGGAGCUGGGAAAGUGGGAGAGGGGAGAGGGGGAGGUAUAGGAGAGGGGCCUUCCAAUACACACGUGUUCUCGAAACAACUGAAUGUGUAUGGGUUUUUGUGGGGGAAAUGCAUGGAGUGAGUCUAGGAUAGUGUGGUGUGUGUGUGUGUCACGCAGAUGAUGGUUGAAGACAGUGUGUUGUUGUGUUCCUUAGGGGAGAAGCAUUGCCAGUGAGAGGCGGAGGGAGUUGAAGAGCCUUCGUAGCCCAGAGCAGCAUCUAGCAGAGUACCAAAGAGAGGUGAUAGAGCACACACACACACACACACACACACACACACACAUACACACAUACACACACACACACACACACAUAUAUACAUACACAUAUUACUUCCCACCUUUGGUACACAAAACCUUAGCCCCUCAUCUUACUGACUGCAUAUACACAUAACACCAUAACAGUAUGUCAGUCUAAACCAUAUGUAGAGUGUUGUGACAUUAUUUAUCCCUCCCACUGACUGUCUUGGUCCAGUUGGGAGACGUGCUCCAGGAAGUGAGGGAGGAAGUGCAGCAUGACCACGCCAGGAAGCUGGAGCAGCUCAAAGACGACCACCGCAGAGAACUCAACUCUAUCAGAGAGAAUCAUCUGGACCAGGUGAGACACAGUUCAAAGGUCACAGCUUCUUGUAACGGGCAGCUGCUACUGUCAUUGUUGCUUUGGCUGUUGCCUCUGCACUGUCCUUACAUGUAAUGCUGCAGUUAAAUAUUGUGGAAAUUAACUCAUGAUCUAUUUGUGUGUCUGUGUGGGUGUGUGUGUGUCUGUGUGUGUGUGUGUGUGUGCCUCCAGGAGGCUGUCCACAGGGAACAGUUGCUGUGUGCCCUGCAGGAGGAGAGAGAUCGCCUGCUGUCCGUCCAUAGCACCCAGCUGGAGAGACUCCGUACACAGCUAGACUCCCAGCUCUCCAAGACACGCCAAACACACACACGCAAGGUGAGGACAGAGAGAGACACACACACACACACACACACACACCAUGUGUCAUCUCUAAACACCUAUGUCGUCCCUCAGGAGGCAGAGAUUCAGGAGCUGGGGGAUAAGCUGAAGCUGAGGGCCAGAGAACUGAAGAGCCAGGAGGCAAUACUGAAGACCCAGGUAAUCAAUCAAUCACUGUUGCACUGAUAUGUGUUUUCGUGACUAUCUGGAACACUUAGGGAUGGCCUAGGCUAUGGAAUGGAAUGCACUGUAUGUAUGUGGUUGGGCGUUGUUGAUUAAAGGACAUAUACAUUUGGCACUUUUCAGGCGGCGAAUUUGAAGAAGAGGAGGCAGCAGCUUGGGGAUGAAGAGGAUGAGAUAGAGGUGAGGAUUCAUCAUCAUCAUCACUACCACCUCUGUCUUCAUCAUGCUGUAGAUGUUAAGCCUGUGAUGUUUUCAGGCUCUGCCUCGAGUCAUGCAGGAGAGAGAUGGACUGAGAGAGGAUCUGGAGCGGGUGAAAGAAGAGAGGGAUAGGGCGGGGCAGGAGGCGGAGAGAGCGAGGGAGGAGAGGGACAAAGCGAAGGAGGAGAGGGACAAAGCGAAGGAGGAGAGGGACAAAGCGAAGGAGGAGAGCGAUAAAGCGAAGGAGGAGUGCAGGAGGAUGAAGGAGGAGCGGGACCGGCUGGAGAGCAAGGUGGAGCUGCUGCAGGAGCGCUGUGAUCAGCUGAGCCGCAGAGUCAGGUACACACACGCUCCAGUGGAGGCUGCUGAUGGGAGGACGGCUCAUAAUAAUGGCCGGAAUCGAGUGAAUGGAAUGGUAUCAAAGACAUGGUUUUCAUGUGUUUGAUACCAUUCCAUUCCAGCCAUUCUACUCCAUUCCAGCCAUUAUUAUGAGCCGUCCUCCCAUCAGCAGCCUCCACUGAAACACGCACACACACACACCUGGCCUGUUAGUUGGGGUCAACCUCCGUUCACUCCUGUUUCAUUGUCACCUUGCAGCUGGCAGUAGCAUGUCUUUCAGACUUCGUGUGAGACUUCAAGUCUAGCUUGCCAGACUACUGAGCUCUUUGUCAAGCGGUUGAUCUAGUCGUAUUAAUGGUUCAAUGUUAUCCCAAUACCAGUACUUUCUCAGUGACAAACAUAUGAUUAUAUUGCAGUGAUCUGGAGCAGAGUGAGAUCAAGAGGCCCUCUAGACUGGACAGAACAGAGGAGGAGGAGGAGGAGGAGGAGAGGAAGAAGGAUAGCGAUGCAGCGCCCUCUACUGCUGGACGGGAGAAAGUGCUGCAUGUGGAAGACCUGAAAGAACCUCCUCUCUCCCCCAUCUCCAGAGACAGCGAGAGUAGCUUGGACGAGUAUGUGUGUGUGUGUGUGUGUGUGUGUGUGUGUGUGUCUGUGUGUGUGUGUGUGAGAGCAUGCAUGCAUGUUGCGCCCUUCUAUCCUGACUAACUUAUAUGUGUGUGUGCCUGUGUCUCGCUCUCUCUCUUCCUGUCCCUCUCCCAGCUUGCGUCAGUAUAUCUCCUCUGAGGGGCUGUCCCUGCAGAAGGCCCGGCGCUUCCUGGAGAAGGAGAGUAGUCGUCUGAGUGAGAGACAGACAGCGCUGCAGGUAGCCCAGGCCCGGUCCAGCUCCUCUCAGUACCCCAGCACCACCACCCAAACCCAGGUCACACAGGAGAUGUACAGGAACCUGCAGCAGGUACGUGUAAGUGUGACUCCCUUCCUUAUCCCUUAUAGACUCCAACACUCUGCCCUGGUGCCCUUGUGUUUAACAUUCAUGAAGUGAGAGAGUAUGCAUGACCUCCAUGUGUAACUGUCCCUGAAUCGUCUCUCUCGCUCUCUCUCUCUCUCUCUCUCUCUCUGUCACGGUCUCUCUUUCGUUUCCUCUUCUGUUCCUCAGGAGGCUAGUGACGUGGAGGAGUUGAGGGUGACUGUACAGAGGGGGAACUCGUUGCUACGCAGGAAGGAGGAGAGACUGCAACAGCUAGAGAGCUCUGUAGCUGAAGAGGUGCCUUAUUACUACACCAUAAAACCUUUAUAUACCACAUAUCCUGUCCCCUGUACACCACCUAUACUACAGUUGAAGUCGGAAGUUUACAUACACCUUAGCCAAAUAUAUUUAAACUCAGUUUUUCACAAUUCCUGACAUUUAAUCCUAGUAAAAAUUCCCUGUUUUCGGUCAGUUAGGAUCACCACUUUAUUUUAAGAAUGUGAAAUGUCAGAAUAAUAGUAGAGAGAAUGAUUUAUUUCAGCUUUUAUUUCUUUCAUCACAUUCCCAGUGGGUCAGAAGUUUACAUACACUCAAUUAGUAUUUGGUACACAAAUGUUCUAUAGGAUUAAAGGUCAGGGCUUUGUGAUGGCCACUCCAAUACCUUGACUUUGUUGUCCUUAAGCCAUUUUGCCACAACUUUGGAAGUAUGCUUGGGGUCAUUGUCCAUUUGGAAGACCCAAGCUUUAAUUUCCUGACUGAUGUCUUGAGAUGUUGCUUCAAUAUAUCCACAUAAUUUUCCUUCCUCAUGAUGCCAUCUAUUUUGUGAAGUGCACCAGUCCCUCCUGCAGCAAAGCACCCCCACAGCAUGAUGCUGCCACCCCCGUGCUUCACAGUUGGGAUGGUGUUCUUCGGCUUGCAAGCAACCCCCUUUUUCCUCCAAACAUAACGAUGGUCAUUAUGGCCAAACAGUUCUAUUUUUGUUUCAUCAGACCAGAGGACAUUUCUCCAAAAAGUACGAUCUUUGUCCCUGUGUGCAGUUGCAAACCGUAGUCUGGCUUUUCUAUGGCGGUUUUGGAGCAGUGGCUUCUUCCUUGCUGAACGGCCUUUCAGGUUAUGUCGAUAUAGGACUCGUUUUACCUGUUUCCUCCAGCAUCUUCACAAGGUCCUUUGCUGUUGUUCUGGGAAUGAUUUGCACUUUUCGCACCAAAGUACGUUCAUCUCUAGGAGACAGGACGUGUCUCCUUCCUGAGCGGUAUGACGGCUGCGUGGUCCCAUGGUGUUUAUACUUGUGUACUAUUGUUUGUACAGAUGAACGUGGUACCUUCAGGCAUUUGGACAUUUCUCCCAAGGAUUAACCAGACUUGUGGAGGUCUACAAUUUUUUUUCUGAGGUCUUGGCUGAUUUCUUUUGAUUUUCCCAUGAUGUCAAGCAAAGAGGCACAGAGUUUGAAGGUAGGCCUUGAAAUACAUCCACAGGUACACCUCCAAUUGACUCAAAUGAUGUCAAUUAGCCUAUUAGAAGCUUCUAAAGCCAUGACAUCAUUUUCUAGAAUUUUCCAAGCUGUUUAAAGGCACAGUCAAUUUAGUGUAUGUAAACUUCUGACCCACUGGAAUUGUGAUACAGUGAAUUUCAGUGGGGGAAAAAAGUAUUUAGUCAGCCACCAAUUGUGCAAAUUCUCCCACUUAAAAAGAUGAGAGAGGCCUGUAAUUUUCAUCAUAGGUACACGUCAACUAUGACAGACAAAUUGAGAAAAAAAAAUCCAGAAAAUCACAUUGUAGGAUUUUUAAUGAAUUUAUUUGCAAAUGAUGGUGGAAAAUAAGUAUUUGGUCACCUACAAACAAGCAAGAUUUCUGGCUCUCACAGACCUGUAACUUCUUCUUUAAGAGGCUCCUCUGUCCUCCACUCGUUACCUGUAUCCAGAAAAGGAUUGGGAGAAUGUCAUAUGGUCAGAUGAAACCAAAGCAGAACUCUUUGGUCAAAACUCAACUCGUCGUGUUUGGAGGACAAAGAAUACAGAGUUGCAUCCAAAGAACACCAUACCUACUGUGAAGCAUGGGGGUGGAAACAUCAUGCUUUGGGGCUGUUUUUCUGCAAAGGGACCGGGACGACUGAUCCGUGUAAAGGAAAGAAUGAAUGGGGCCAUGUAUCGUGAGAUUUUGAGUGAAAACCUCCUUCCAUCAGCAAGGGCAUUGAAGAUGAAACGUGGCUGGGUCUUUCAGCAUGACAAUGAUCCUAAACACACCGCCCGGGCAACGAAGGAGUGGCUUCGUAAGAAGCAUUUCAAGGUCCUGGAGUGGCCUAGCCAGUCUCCAGAUCUCAACCCCAUAGAAAAUCUUUGGAGGGAGUUGAAAGUCUGUGUUGCCCAGCGACAGCCCCAAAACAUCACUGCUCCUUAGGAGAUCUGCAUGGAGGAAUGGGCCAAAAUAACAGCAACAGUGUGUGAAAACCUUGUGAAGACUUACAGAAAACGUUUGACCUGUGUCAUUGCCAACAAAGGGUAUAUAACAAAGUAUUGAGAAACUUUUGUUAUUGACCAAAUACUUAUUUUCCACCAUAAUUUGCAAAUAAAUUCAUUAAAAAUCCUACAAUGUGAUUUUCUGGAUUUUUUUUUCUUCUCAUUUUGUCUGUCAUAGUUGACGUGUACCUAUGAUGAAAAUGACAGGCCUCUCUCAUCUUUUUAAGUGGGAGAACUUGCACAAUUGGUGGCUGACUAAAUACUUUUUUCCCCCACUGUAUAAGUGAAAUAAUCUGUCUGUAAACAAUUGUUGGAAAAAUUACUUGUGUCAUGCACAAAGUAGAUGUCCUAACCGACUUGCCAAAACUAUAGUUUGUUAACAAGAAAUGUGUGGAGUGGUUGAAAAACGAGUUUUAAUGACUCCAACCUAAGUGUAUGUAAACUUCCGACUUCAACUGUAUAUACCAUGCACAUAACGUUAUACAUACUGGAAUAGAUUGCUAAUAAACAACACACUAUACACUGAGUGGACAAAACGUCUUUCCAUGACAUUAUCCCUUAUUGAUGUCACUUGUUAAAUCCACUUCAAUCAGUGUAGAUGAAGGGGAGGAGACAGGUUAAAGAAGGAUUUUUAAGCCUUGAGACAUUUGAGACAUGGAUUGUGUAUGUGUGCCAUUAAGAGGGUGAAUGGGCAAGACAAAAUAUUUAAGUGCCUUUGAAUGGGUUAUGGUAGUAGGUGCCAGGCGCACCGGUUUGAGUGUGUCAAGAACUGCAACGUUGCUGGGUUUUUCACACUUAACAGUUUCCCGUGUGUAUCAAGAAUGGUUCACCACCCAAAGGACAUCCAGCCAACUUGACACAACUGUGGGAAGCAUUGGAGUCAACAUGGGUCAGCAUCCCUGUAGAACGCUUUCGACACCUUGUAGAGUCCAUGCCCCAAUGAAUUAAGGCUGUUGUCAGGGAAGAAGGUGGUGCAGAGCGAGUUGCAGUCAGUGCAUUCAACUUAAAGUAGAUAGCUAAGACAAUCAUUGUAAGUAAAACGUUCCUCAAUAAAGCAGUUAUCAGCAAAAUCAGUGAUAGUAAGAGAAGACAAGUACAAAAGUAUGGAGUUUGUUUUUUCUCUUGCUUUCCCUUGCCCAGGUCUCCCAUCAUCACUACUAUGAUGACCAGGACAGACUAGCGGCUGAUAGGAAGUUGACCUUUGAUGUGACUGAAUCAGAUAUGACCAGCGUCAGCAACGGGCAUGAUGGCCCAGGUGAGAGAGACAGACAUACGGGAAUAUUCAUUCCUUACACACUCAUAACAGGAAGGCCUGUACUCCUCUUCUGACAUAUUCUUAUCAUAGUCUCUCUCCCCCUUCAUUGUUCCUCCUUUUUUUCCCUUUCGCCCACUCCUUCCUUCCUUCCUUCCUUCCUUCCUUCCUUCCUUCCUCUCUUUCACACCUCAUCACUUGCUUUUCUCCCUAUUUCUUCUCGUUUUCUGACAUUCGCUCCCUUUCUCUCUUGCGCUCUCUCUUCCUUUCUCUUUCCCUCUCUAUUUCUCCUCUCCAGGUGGGGAGCCCACAGUGCCAGCUAAGGUGCAGCACUUAGCCGAGUCGCUUCAGCACAUCUCUGGCCAGCUCAACACAGUCCUGGGUGCCCUGGGCUCCCUGACCCAACGCCAGACCCCUUACCAGCCUCUCCCCCUACCUCUGCCCCUCUCCCAGCCCCGCACCCCCACCUCAAUGCCUCUUUCACAGCUCUCCAUGCCUCUGUCUGGGCCCCUCCACAGCACCUCCACCCAGCCACUGAGUUCUGAGAACCUGCUCAACAGCCGCUGGGCCAAGCUCUUCCCUGGUACAUCUGAACCAAAGAGAUACAAUAUCAUAUAUAAAUAUGUUAUAUUAAAUAUGCGUUCUAUUUAAUUCUGUGGUCUGAAGAACUCUCUGUUCAGUGUUGUCUGUGUAGUUUCAGGUAGGGUGAGUUGUUGGUCACUUCUUUGUCCCUUCUUCCAUAGGGGCUGCUAUUGAACCCAUAGCCACCAGUUCCUUGAGGACCAAUGCGCUUUAUUCAGGGUACAGUCCUGCAAGGUAAAUAUGAAAAUAACGAAACAUGAAAAUGAUGGAAACACCUCUUUAAAAAUUAAAUCUCAACUGUCACUCAUCCCUUUCACAGUAGUCUAUCUUGUUGAAUGAAGGUAGUAAAGACAUGUGUGUUUGUGUGUGUUAGUGAGCAGGCUCGUAGUCUGUCCUCCAUGCAACCUAAGUCAGUGGAGAUGGAUGGCCAGAGGCUACAGAGUCUGAUAGACGGCAACAAGAGAUGGCUGGAGACGCGCAGGAAAGACCCCAGUGUGUAUCCUUCUGUAAACAUGCUCACACACACCACAUUGCACAACUUAUAAUGGAGCUUGGUUCAGUCUUGUACAUUUCCUUAAGAGGCUUUCAUCAGACCUCUGUUCACGCGUUAUCGGACCCCUCCAACUAUGAGUGGAUUGGUCCAGCUGAGCCUGGAUGACAACAACCAGAUUAAAGUGUACCAUUACUAA